AUGGGGGUCAGUAACCCGGUCAAAUACGUCUUGGGCCUGUCCCUUUUCACCAAACGUCCGGACCAGCGGUCACCGGGGGCAGCGGUGUGGAAAGGCAAGGCCAUCGACCACCAUGGGCAUGCGCAUGAGGUCCGCUGGGGCGGUGCUGUGCAGGACCCUGCCGGUGACGAGGAUGCCUUCGUCGCUGCAGCUGUGCACAUGGCGGUGAGCGAAUCCGACGGGAGCAGAUGCAGCGGCAGCAGUAGCCGGAACAGCAGCGACAGCAGCGGCAGUGGCAGCAGCAGACGGCAGUUUGGAGUCGUGCGUGUCGUGAGCUGGGCAAGUCUGGUUGGCGAGCGAUGUCGGUGGACGAUGAGGCAGGAACGCGAGUUGGCGAUCGCCGAGCUGGAGUUGGCUCGCUGUCAAAAGGCCUGGAGUUCGGAGCAGGAGUUAUGGUUGACUCAGAUCAAGGCUCUUCACGAGGAGAAAGAGGCCCACGAAGAGUUUCUCCAUCACCGCGCGAAGCAACAGGAUGAGGAACAGCAACAUUUUCGCAAGUCGUGGAAUCGACGUCGGUCCCAGGAGGAACCGUCGCAACAUCCGCCUCAGCCUCACUCACAACCACCCCAGCGAACCACUUCUACACAUCGGGCGAACAGCAAAUUGCGACGCGGUAUUCGGCGCAUGGGAUCAUAA